UUAAACCGAGCAGCGAGGCGGGAGAGAGUGGAAAGUCACUGGAGUUUGAAGGCGGCUGAGUAUUGGGGGCUGGGAGAAAGCGAGAGGGAUCGAGUGAAGAGGAAUCACCGAGCAGAUCCUAUCGCAGGGUGUGGUAGCCUUACUCUCGGUGACAGCCUGAUUCUCCAGCUACGGCCCCAGGCAGCAGCGACUCCUGAUUCGGUGUCUCUCUCUGUCUCUCUCACACACAUAUAACACGGGGAGCGAGAGAGUGUACACGACCCCCGGGUUGCUCCAUGCAGCGUUUCCAAGGCUCCCCGCGCUCAGUGCUUAGCACACUCCUCUUGGUUCUGGUUAUGGGCCUGUUAUUAUAUCCAGGGCUAAAGAAUAUUGCUGUAUACUUGUUCUCAGCGAUUACUGGAAACUAUAUUUCUGGAACGCACUCUGUAGUUUUUCUCAGCUGUCCUAAUGAACAAGUUGGCAAAGUUAUUGCAAGGACCAUUGUGGAGAAGAAGCUGGCUGCUUGUGUGAGCAUUUUACCAAAGGUGUUUUCCAUAUAUAAUUGGGACAGUGAAAUAACAGAAACUACUGAAGUUCUGAUGGUACUAAAAACAAGAACCUCAAAAAUCCACAGACUCACAGAAUUUAUCAGAUCAGUUCAUCCUUUUGAAGUUCCUGAGGUCAUAAGCAUUUUGGUCGAUCAAGGCAAUCCUUUAUACUUCAAAUGGAUAGAAGAAACCGUGCCUGAAGAUUGAUUUGAUUUUUACUCACAGCCUUAAAAACAAACUGGUUAGGCAUGGAAAACUACAGGAGUGCGUGAAUGACUUGCCUCUUGGAGAGAAAGCCGAUGUGGUCAGCUGAUUGGCUAGUUAGAAGCCCCAUCGAAUGCUAUGGGUAGUUGAACACAGCUUGCUCUGCCCCUGUGAUUGAGGACACCCUCACCUCCCCAACCAAGCAAAAGGUGCCAACAGGCCCCUGACAUAAAUCCAUGAAAGCCAGUAUUCUGUCACUGAGUGACCUUUCACUUACACAUGCGUAGUACAGAACACUGACCCAGGUAGCACAGAGCCAGUUUCUAGAGCCAACGGAACCCCUGACCCCCUUGUUCUUUUCAGUCAGCCAGGGCUCCCUGAUUGGAUCAGGUUUACAGCCCCAAUCAGGGAACUCAUUUUCAAUGAAUCUGUUUGGCUGACCAUAAUCCACUCACUAUAUCCUUCCCCCUGACUCCUGAGAUGUAGGCAUGUGCCCAGAGCGUCUCAGCGGAAACUCAUCUUCAGGUGGUAACAGUGUCAAGACUAUGAUAUCUACCACGUGAAUCUUGUCCUCAGAGGUUUUGUCAAUACAAGGUGGAAGGGGAGAGCUUAUGAGUUCUGGUAGCCUUGUGGACGUUCAGAGGUGCUAGGUAUGUUUUGUUUCUGGCCCAUUUGUGAGGUUGCAGCUUUCAUGUAGCUCGUGCGCUUGUUUAGGACCACCUCAACUACCCAAAUUUUGUAUGUCACAGGAACAUGUGUCAACCAUGCCUCUUACCCAUGCAGGCCAAUUCCAUGAUUUUGACAACAAACUUUGUGCCUGAAAUAAACUGUUUGUCUUGCUUAGAGGAGUUCUGUCUGGCAUUGGCAUUCCUGAUGCCAUUUCGUCUUCCCCCCUCCCUGCCCCGGCUGUAGGAAGAUGGGGUUUAACCUAAUGCGAAGUCUUAUCCCCAUGAGCAACUCUGGAGCUGUCCUUGUGGUUGCGUGAGGGGUGAUCCUAUAAUCAAACAGGAAAUGGGACAGUUUGGUAUCAAGUGAAGCUGUAGGCUUUCUUUAAGUGUUUGGACUGCUGUUUCCACUAGACUAUUAGAUGAUCAAUGGUGUGGAGCUGCUCUUAUUUGAUGAAGUCCAUUUGGCUUUAGGAAAUAGUCAAAUUCCCUGCUGCUACUCAAACUGCCGAGUAAAGUGGGUAGCAUUUCGGAAUUAGAAGUGGUUUGGGAUUAUAAUACUGUCCUUAGCUAAAACCUCUUGCAAGACUUCUAGCUUCCCAAGAUACCAGAUACUAAGCUUCUAAUAACUGAAAAAGCUGUGGGUGCACAAGCUGUCAGGAGAAUUACUACUGCUUUUUGUCUGCCCCAAGCCCAGAAAAAGUAAUGCUUUUUUUCUAUGUUCUUUCUGGGCCUAGUCUUUAACAGCAGGAUUGAAUGAGUCAAGCUUCCCAAACAGCAGCAUGAGGCCAGAAAUGCUUACCCCCAGUCAACGAUGACUGUCAGAAGCAAACCUCUUCAGGGGCAUGUUUUUCUCUUGUCACCACUAAAGUAACUCCAGGAAGGCCAGUAUUCUGUCACUAAGUUGUCCUUUAUUUACAUAUGCAUAGUACGUGACACUGACCUGGUUACCACAGCCAGCUCCAAGAGAGACCAGAACCCCUGAUGCUCCUGCUUAUAUCUGUCAGCCAGGACUCCCCCAAUUGGGACUGUUAACCUGGUUAAAUCAGGGAACUCCAUUCUGUGUCCACCUGCCUUAUUCCAUUCCAAUCACUACAUCCCUCCCCCUUACAUCCUAGGACUUCGAUGAUGGCCUAACUUCUUGAUAUAUAUAAUAUGCUACCUUCCACCAAAAUAGAAUGCAGUGGGGACAUGUAAUAUCAAGUUCUGGAGUUUGGUUUCUAUUAGUUGAAUUUUUUUUGCCCUAAAAUGGGUGUGGAAAUGAAUUCUUAGCUUGUUUUGAUAUAAAAGCAUCAUAACAACCUCUGGUGAAUACACAGAACAAACAGCACAGGAACAGGCCCUUCGGCCCUCCAGGCCUGUGCUGAUGUGUUUUGCCCUUCCAUACGAGAAACUGUCUUCACUUACAAGGUCUGUAUCCCUCUACUCCCUUCCUAUUCAUGUAUUUAUCCAGGUGCUUUUUGAAUGCUGCUGUUGUCUGUGUUCCAGGCACUCAUCACCCUGUUGUGUGGAAAAACUUGCCUAGCACAUCCCUUACAAACAUUCUUUCCCCUGUUUUCCUUCAAAUUCUUUAUGUAGAUCAUGAACAGCAGAGAUCCCAGCACUGAUCCCUGUGGAACACACUAGUCACAACCCUCCAUUCCAAAAGUAUUCUUGCAUGGUUACCCUCUGUCCUCUGACUAAGCCAGUUCUGUGUCCAUCUUGCCAGCUCAUCCUGAUACCAUGCGACUUCACUUUUUUGUACUGGUCUGACAUGAGGGACCUUGUCAAAGGUUGUACUGAAGUCUUUGUAGACAACAUCAAUCCCUCAUCAAUCAUCUUCAUCACCUCCUCAAAACACUCAAUCAAGUUAAUGAGGCGUAAUGUCCCCUGCGUGAAACUGUGCUGUCUAUUUACUAAUAAGUCUAUUUGCUUCCAAAUGCAUAUGGAUUUUGUCCCUGAGAAUCUUAUACGAUAAUUUCCCUACCACUGACGAGAAACUUGCAGGCCUGUAAUUUCCAAGAUUAUCCCUGUUACCCUUUAUUUAACAAUGGGACAACAUUGGUUGUUCUCCAGUCCUCUGCAACCUCGCUUCUGGCCAAAGAGGAGACAUAGCUGUCUGUCAAAGCUCCAGCAAUUUGUUCUGUUGCCUCCCUCAAUAUUCUGGGAUAGAUCCCAUCAGGACCUGGGGCAUUAGCGACAUUAAUGCAUUGUUCUUCAAGGAAAGGAUGUCUUUACACUGUAUGAUGUUAUGAACGACCUUGUCAUUUAGCUAAAAGAAACAGAAUCCAAAGUUUCCUCUUUCACUGAUGUGCAAUACAUAAACAUUGACUUUUCUCAUUUCCAAAACUUCAAUCAAAUGGAUAAGCUAUGCACUGGCUUUCAAAACUAAGAUACUUGCACAAUUUAGACAAACUGAAAUGAAAGACUGCCUGUAAAUGUGACCAAAUCAUCUGUCUGUAAAUUUUCAUUGAAUAUUGUUUAAAAUACUCAUUCACAUUUGUGAGGUGAGAAAAGGUUUGCGAGGCUGUAGAAUGGAUAAGACUUUUUUUUUCUGUACUUAGAUUUUAAAGUCAUGCUGGUGACAAUUAUAGUUAGAUUUAUAAAAUAGUGAAAUAUCUUAAUUGGAUUGGUAAACUUGUGGAAUUUUAAUUUUCAAUACAAAAAUUCUUCUAUAUUUAAUGUUUUUUAGAAAGGAAGUACCUAAUUAAAAACAUUUGUAAUUAAAAUGAACACUGGAGUAUUCUUUUCCUCUUAGCAAGAUCAUUUUGAUUAUUCACAAGUUUUAAAAAUUAAUUUAUCCAGUCUCCUGUGGCCUUGCACAAAGCUAUUGAGGUGAUAUUGCAGUACAGGGUUAAGAAUUUGUAUAAUUUUGUGUGAUGUUUGUUGUUCUCUAACUGAUGUAUGUAACUGGCUUAAUGUGUUGAUUUAGAAUAUUUUCUAUUGCUUGGGAAGGUUCUAUGAAAUCACCAGCUUUCUUUUGAAGUGCAACUUGGAUUUCUGAAAAUGUAACUAAAUGAGACACAUUAAAUGUAUGAUUGUAUGCAGCA